GAGUAAAAAAUCUCCAACCUAGAGGUUGGCUCCGCCUCAACAGUUCCCACCUACGCGGACGAAGAGAACACUUUCUUUGGCGUAGACUUAUCGAUGGGGGUAUUUGGCAGGGACGCAGCUCCGGUUCUGGACAACAACAUAGAUGGAGGAAACACAGUUCUCGACCAAGCUAUAGACGAUGCAACGUACGAGGGAGAUGACAUAUUCGUGGGUCGGGUUUAUAAAAACAAGGAGGACUUCAAGUUCAAAAUGGUCGUCCAUGCACUUCAAAGGAAGUUCCAUUUUCGUCACACCCGGUCAGACAAGAAAGUGGUCCUCCUCAACUGUGUUGCCGACAGCUGCCCCUGGCGGGUGUAUGUCGUCCGACUUGAAGACUCGGACAACUACCAAAUCCGUAGUGCUUGUCUGGAACACACUUGCAGCGUUGAAGCCCGUAGUAACUACCACAAACAAGCUUCCGCCAGAGUUGUAGGUGAGUUCAUGAGGUCGCAAUACAUGGGUGCUGGGACCGGACCAAGACCAGGGGAGGUUUAAAGGAUCUGUUUAAAUAACCACCGCGUCCCAAUCUCAUAUUGGAAAGCUUGGAGAGCUAGGAGGAUUGCUAUUGACGGGGCAAGAGGUUCAAUGGGCAAUAGCUACUCUCUUCUACCGGCAUACUUGCAUGCUCUUAAGGCUGCCAACCCUGAGACAUUAACUGCACUGGAAACAACUGUGGAUGAGUUGGGAAACCAAAGGUUUAAGUACCUCUUCUUCGCCCUAGCUGCCUCGAUAAACAGCCUCAAGUUCAU